AUGAAAUCUAAUCUAGCAAGGCUUAUUUGCAUGGGUUUCGCAAAAGAAAAAGCAAUAGACGCUCUAAGCUACCAUAAUGAUUUCAAACGAGCUCUUGAUAAAUUAUUAUCAAACUAUGAAGCAGCUAGUUCUCUUCCUAAGCCAAAGCCUCAACUCCAACAGCAAGAACGUACUGAGCCAGAACCAACUAGGCUUGACAAUCCUGAUAUGAAAGAAGCUCUCAAAACUUACGAUUUGAAAGCCUUCUGCUGAAAUAUUCAAAUUUAUUUUGCCAGUUUUCCCUAUAGCCUCAUAGAUCUUCAAGAAAAGUACUUUCAUUCUUUACUCUAUGCAAAACUGUGCGAUUUAUUCCAAAACUGUGAAGCUGAAGAGUCUACAAGUGGCGGCCGAAUUGACAUAACAGUUAAAACAGAUCGUUUUGUUUGUUUAAUAGAAAUAAAGCUUGGAAAAUCUGCAUAUGACGCUCUCUAUCAAAUUGAAGGCAGAAACUAUGCACUUAAGUUUCACCAGCAGCAAAAAGAUAUUGUCUGCAUUGGCCUGAAUUUCGAUAAACUUUCAAAAAAUUUGUCUGAGGGCGUAAUGUGUGUUUAUGAUGAGAAUGGAAGACCAAUUGGGGAUAUACAGUCUUUUAAGGUGGUAUUGACAGAAGAACAGAAAAGCUAUUAUAUGAGGAAGAAAAAGCAAGAGAACUUCAAAAAUAAAAUGAAAAGGACAAAGCAAGAUAUAGACAGAAUUGUAGAUAUCGAGGAGUAA